AUGACCUCGGAGUCGCUAAACUCAUCUCAAGAGGACAUCCGCGAACACGCACAGCGUCGGACAAGGAUGCAAGGCCAAGAGGGAACGCCAUAUGCUGCCCGCGUCGCUGCUGGGGCGGCGGCGGCCAGCAGCUCGUUCUUCCCGUUGGGGUACCGCGAAGGAUUCAGUCAAUGGUGGGCUCGUCUACCGGCUGCUGCGGCCGAGCACAAGGUCCUUUCCUACCUUCCAUAUCUCCAUCACCAGCCCCCAACCCACCUCCAGACUGGUAACUUGGCGGGUUUCCCCAAUGGAUCUACUCCAGACAGUCUGCAGGCUGCAGACCGCAACCAGCAAGGAGAGAUUUCAACCAACUCUCUCAAUGACCCCUAUGGCCCCCGCCGAUGGAGCUCCAGCAUGGUGGAGCUGACCGGAAAAGACCGCGCGCUCAAUGAGUUCUCGGUGGAGCGAGUGGGCGAAGAGGCCGAUCAGCACUUGGUCAUGCUUCAUGGCUACGGCGCUGGUCUAGGCUUUUUCUACAAGAAUUUCGAGCCGCUCAGUCGGUUGAGAGGCUGGCAGCUACAUGCUCUGGAUAUGCUGGGCAUGGGCCGGAGCACGCGGCCGCCUUUCAAGAUCAAAGCCAAGGAAAGGGAGGAGGCUAUUCGUGAGGCCGAAGCAUGGUUUGUGGAUGCUUUGGAGGAAUGGCGAAUCAAGCGAAAGAUUGAUCGCUUCACCCUGCUCGGUCACAGUCUAGGUGGUUAUAUGGCAGUUGCCUAUGCCCUGAAGUACCCGGGCCACCUCAACAAGCUCAUCCUAGCCUCUCCUGUGGGUAUCCCCGAGGACCCAUAUGCCGUGACGGCGGACGUACCCGAGCCAUCGCAAUCCACGCUUGCCAACGAGAUGACCCAGGACCAGCGAGACAUCACCUCGUCGGCCGCGGUUCCGGGAUCUACCCCGAAGACAGCCGACGGCAGCUUCAUCACCGGCCGCAAUCCCGAACCGGGCGCUGAAAGUCGCCCACCGCGUCGCAAUAUGCCUAAGUGGUUCGCAUAUCUGUGGGACGCGAAUAUUUCCCCCUUCAGCUUGGUGCGCUGGACCGGUCCGCUAGGCCCGCGGAUAGUGUCUGGGUGGACCUCGCGCCGGUUCUCCCAUCUCCCAGCCGAAGAAGCAAAGGCGCUGCACGACUACUCAUACUCGAUCUUCAGCCAACGAGGCAGUGGCGAAUAUGCCCUUGCGUACAUCCUCGCGCCCGGCGCAUUUGCCCGCAGUCCUCUUAUCCGCCGCAUUCAUGGCGUUGGACGCCAAAUGAUUGACGCUGAUAACAGCCCACUGCCCAACCCCGCCACGACGUCUCCGUCUUCGUGUUCGAUCUUCUCCAAAUCAUCAGUUCUGUCUGCAGCUCCUGAAACCCCUCCAGCAGAGACUUCUCCCUCAGCCGCACCCCAAGCGCCAGCCCCUCGCCGCGAGAAGGGCCUUCCAAUCGUUUUCAUGUAUGGUGACCACGACUGGAUGGAUGUCUCCGGUGGCCACGAUGCUGCAAACCGCCUCGAAGAAGAAAAGCAGCGCGUCCUGGCAAAUGCCACACCAGAGGAGCGACAAAACGACCAAGGUUCAUCCAAGGUCGUUGUCAUCAACAGAGCCGGGCACCACCUUUACCUAGACGGAUGGGAAGAGUUCAACAAGGUUGUCCUAUCCGAGAUGGAAGAAGUAAACCGGCGGGAGCGAGGGGCGUGA